UUUGACGUUUCAUCUUUUAGGCCAACACAGCGGCGAAUUGGAAGAAGUUCUUGGUGAAUUUAUCUUUGUUAGUUAGGGGUGUCAGAGUUAAGUCAGUUAAAUAGAUUUUGUAACUCAUAAUGUCAGGAAAAGGAAACAAAGCCUUCACAAAAGAAGAGGAAUUGCUGUUGCAAGACUUCAGCAGAAACGUUUCUACGAAAUCUUCUGCUCUUUUCUAUGGAAAUGCCUUUAUUGUGUCGGCAAUCCCCAUAUGGUUGUUCUGGAGGGUGCACGCCUUGGAAGUGAGCGCAUCCCUAGUGUGGUUUGCUCUUGUAACUACAGCCAGCACUUGGCUGUUAGCUCUGGCUUACCGCAACACCAAGUUCCAGUUGAAACAUCGCGUUGCUGUGCGUCGGGAGGAUGCUGUUGCUCGGGAGAUGGCCAGGAAGCUUGCCGAUGACAAGAAAAUGAGCAGAAAGGAGAAGGAUGAGAGGAUCCUGUGGAAAAAGAAUGAAGUAGCAGACUAUGAAGCAACUACUUUCUCUAUCUUCUAUAACAAUGCUCUGUUCCUGACUAUCGUUAUCCUGAGCAGCUUCUAUUUGCUGCGCUCAUUUACUCCUACAGUUAACUACAUCAUCUCUUUGACUGUGGCUUCUGGAUUCUUGGCACUCCUCUCCACUGGCACCAAGUGAAAAAUAUCAUAAGUAAUUGAGUGGUGUGUGUUGGUGAUGUUAGUGAAUGUAAACCAUGGUGACACUCACUGAGGAACAAGUCGUCACUGCAUGUGUCUAUUUAAAGUGCUUCAUAAAUUAAGCUUAAUUUUGUUAGUGUAAAAAUUUACAAUUUUAAUAAUAAAAUGAAAUUACAUUACAGUC